UGAGAGAGACGAGGAGACUGAGAGGGGGACACGAGGAGGAGGGAGAGGAGGUCAUGCUGAGAGCAUGAGGAGGGACACGAGGAGAGGAGCGCUGCUGCUGCUGCUGGGACUCGCGCUGUGGUCGGCGGGGAGCGGGGCCAGAGAAGUGUGCGUCGGCACGGAGCAUCGCCUGGAGCUGCUCGUGAGCAAGACGCAGCAUUAUGAGUCGCUCAAGAUCCUCUACCAGGGCUGCGAGGUGGUGCUGGGCAACUUGGAGAUCACACAUCUCUCCAGGGGAGACGACCUCUCCUUCCUCAAGGACGUCCGGGAGGUGAUGGGCUACGUGCUCGUGGCCCUCAACGACUUCGAGGAGCUUCCGCUGGAGAGCCUGCGCAUCGUGCGCGGAAUGAAGCUCUACGACGACAAGUUCGCGCUGGCCAUCGUCGACAACGGACAGCGCGGCCUCGGCACGGGCCUGCGGGCGCUGCUGCUGCGCAGCCUCACUGAGAUCCUUUCCGGAGGGGUGAAUAUCACCGACAAUCCGUUCCUGUGCCACGCUGACACCAUCAAGUGGGAGGACAUCCUGGAACAGAAAAACCUCAAUCAGUCGGUUCUGCCAUACGGCAGACCUGACUGCCCUCCAUGCCCACAGGGUUGCAGCCACUGCUGGUCGGCCGACACGAAUUACUGCCAAAAGCUGACGAGAACCAUCUGUGCCAAGGAGUGCACGCUCCGCUGCUACGGAACCAACACCAAUCAGUGCUGCCACAAGCACUGCGCUAGCGGCUGCACGGGGCCGCGUGACACCGACUGCCUGGCCUGCAAGACGUUCAACGACACGGGCGUGUGUGUGAUGCACUGCCCACCCACGCACAUCUACAACCGCGACACGUAUCUGCAGGAGCCCAACCCGGACGUCAAGUACAGCCAUGGGGCCAUCUGCGUCAAGCGCUGCCCUCAAAACUUCCUCAUCGACGAGAAUUCGUGCGCGCGUUCCUGCCCCCACGAGAAGAUGGAGGUGGAGGAGAAUGGCGUCAAAAUGUGCAAGGCUUGCUCCGAGAAGCAAGGCUGCCCCAAAGUCUGCCACGGCAUUGGCUCGGGGAAUCUGAAGGACGCGAAAUCGGUCAGCUCGUUAAACGUGGACACGUUCAGCGAGUGCACGACCAUCAACGGCAACCUCGUCUUUCUCGAGUCGGGUCUAGACAGUGACCUACUUGCUCAUCCCGAAAAGAUGAAGGUGUUCAGAUCUGUGCGGGAGAUCACAGGGUACUUGCACAUUGAGGCCUGGCUGCCAAACAUGACCGACCUGAGCGUGUUCGAGAACCUCGAGAUCGUGCGAGGGAGGAACAUCCGCAGCGUUGGGUACUCGGUGCUGGUGCGGAACCUGCCUCACCUCGAGGUGCUGGGGUUGAGGGCGUUGAGCGAGGUGACGGAAGGCAGUGUGCUGGCGCAGAACGUGCCGCGCCUCUGCUACGUCCUCACCGUCAACUGGACGCGGCUGCUGCGCUCGCCGCGCCAGAAGGCCGACCUGGAGGGCGUGCCCUCCAGUAGCGUCUGUGGCUCCGAGGCCUGUCACCCUCUGUGCUCCUCGGACGGCUGCUGGGGCCCCGGGCCAGAGCAGUGCAUGCAGUGCAAGCUCUUCAAGCGUGGCCGCACCUGCGUCGAAUCCUGCAACCAGAACGACGGGGAGGUGCGUGAAUUCAUCAAUGGGACGCUCUGCACGCCCUGCCACUCCGAAUGCCUGCCCACCAACGGGACGCUUUCCUGCAAGGGUCCGACGUCCGACAUGUGCACGCGCUGCCGCCACUUCAAGGACGGCCCCUACUGCGUGGACAAGUGUCCCUUGGGUCAGAACACGGAGCACGGAGCUCUCAUCUUCAAGUUCCCCGACGCCCACAAUGCCUGCAUGCCAUGCCACGCCAACUGCACGCACGGGUGCAACGGGCCUUUGCCUGUCGACUGCGUUUUUCCAUGGAGCGAAAGUUCAAGCAGCCCAACUAGCAGCAAGACGCCCGUGGUGCUGGCGGCCGUGGUGGGGAGCCUCUGUAUGGUGGUGGUUCUCACUCUGGGCGUUUUGCUCUACAAGCGCUCCAGCAACCAGAAGCGCAAGAAAACGCUGCGGCGAUACGCGAUCGAGCGAGAGCUGGAGCCGCUCACGCCGAGCGGCAUGACCCCAAACCAGGCGCAGCUGCACAUCCUCAAGGAGACGGAGCUCCGGCGUGGAAAGGUGCUCGGCUCGGGCGCCUUUGGCACCGUCUACAAGGGAAUCUGGACCCCAGAAGGAGAAACGGUGAAAAUCCCUGUGGCGAUCAAGGUUUUGCGUGAAGACACCUCGCCACGCGCCAACAAGGAGAUCUUGGAUGAGGCCUACGUGAUGGCUAGCAUCGACCACCAGCACCUGGUGCGCCUGCUGGGCAUCUGCCUGAGCUCGACGACGCAGCUGGUGACGCAGCUGAUGCCGUACGGCUGCCUCCUCGACUACGUGCGUGAGCACACCGACAAGAUCGGCUCCCAGCCCCUGCUCAACUGGUGUGUGCAGAUUGCCAAGGGAAUGAAUUACCUGGAGGACCGGAGGCUGGUUCACCGGGACCUGGCCGCUCGCAACGUGCUCGUGAAAGCGCCAAACCACGUCAAGAUCACUGACUUUGGACUCGCCAAGCUGCUGGACCUCAACGAGACCGAGUAUCACUCCGAGGGGGGCAAGCUUCCCAUCAAGUGGCUCGCAUUGGAGUCGAUUCAGCAGAGGAUCUUCACCCAUCAGAGUGACGUGUGGAGCUACGGGGUCACGCUGUGGGAGCUCAUGACGUUCGGCGGGAAGCCGUACGACGGCGUCCCGGCACGGGACAUCCCUGAGCUGCUGGAGAAGGGAGAGCGGCUGACCCAGCCGCCCAUCUGCACCAUCGACGUCUACAUGAUCAUGGUGAAAUGCUGGAUGAUCGAUGCGGAGAGUCGGCCUAAAUUCCGGGAACUCGCCGCGGAAUUCUCCAAGAUGGCACGCGACCCUACGCGGUACCUCGUCAUCCAGGGCGACGAGCGCAUGAAGCUGCCGAGCCCCACCGACAGCCGCUUCCUGCAGAGCCUCAUGGAGGAGGACGACAUGAGCCAGAUGGUGGACGCAGAGGAGUACCUCACCCCGCCACCAUUCCCCCUCCGCCCGCCGCCGCCGCCGGGAGCCAUCGACCCGAGUGGAAGCAAUUCCCCAACACUGCCCGGCCAAGGCAUUACUGGGACGUCAGACCCGGACUCGGAGUUCGGCUCCGAGCACGGCGCCGCGGCCCCGCGCAUGCCGUCGCUCGUGAGCCGCAGCAUCUCGCGCCAGUUGGAAGAUGCGCAUGCCCACUACCCCGGCAGCGGCGCCGGCGGCAGUGCCAACGCCACCGCCGGUGGCUCCGCGGCGGACGUGUUCGUCAGAGGUGCCGGUGGCUACGGCAGCGGCGGCUCGGGGGAGAUCCCCAUCGGCGGUUCGUGCGUGGACGGGAAGGCGUCGCUGCCGAGGUUGCACAACAACAGCGUGCGGCACCGCUACAGCAGCGACCCCACGGGGCCGCCGGUGCCCGCGAGCGAUGGCGGCGGCGGCGGUGGUGACGACGAUGACACGGACGACGGAACCGGCGACGAUCUGAACUUCCAAAGCCGCCCGCAGAACCUGGACAAUCCCGAGUACAUGAACCCCAUCAACAGGCUGCAGGACCCGCUCGCGCUCUCCAACCCCGAGUACAUCAACUACCAGGCCGCUGAUGACUUGGACGCCGAGUACGUGAACACGGCCCCGAGUGUCGCCGGCCAUGCGGCGCCCUACACCGUCCAGAACCCAGAGUACCUCGAGCCGCGGUCCAGCGACACAGACGCGGACUCCGGCUUGGGGCCCCUCGGCAGCUCGCAGCCGUUCAGCAGCCAGGCCUUCGACAACCAGGAGUACCUGGAGGACUCGUUGCUGUGCCGCCAGGCGUCGCUCGACAACCCCGAGUACAUUUGCGCGCCGUCCGGGGACAGGCGCAACGGCCACUUGAAGUCGGUGGACGGCAUCGGCGGCGGCGGAGGCACCGUGGGCGCUGUGGACAAUCCCGAGUACCUGCUGGCGGUGACACCGCUCAUGGGGACGGGGGUGCGGAGCGGACACACCGACACGAUGGUGUGACGCGCGCCGGUGGAUGCGGCGAUAUGACACCACGUUGUGCCGCACCGGCAGACUCAAGUAGCCGAGGACUGUAGUGGAGAAAGCCCCGUGGAGUAUAGUGUCAGUGAUUGCCCCCCUGUCCAGGGCGUCUCAGAUUUUUAUGACACCUGCAAGAAAGGGAAGCGCUAACCCCCAGUGACACGGCAGAGCCAGGGGCAUCAGCGGUCGUGGUGAAACGGGUUUUGUUUGCAAGUAGGAGCUGUGUUCGUGGUGCUUGGGACUACCACGUGGGGUCCGUGCCCCCACAGGUUCUCGUUUGUUUCACAGUCUUGUUCGUCACCCAUCCACACAACGAGCUACAGGUGUGUGCAUCGCAAAAGGCUCAAUAACUCCACAGUAAGAUCACAAAACCCACCGUAUCGUGGUAAAUCCGUGGACACGCGGCGAUGCGCCGAGGGACCGGAUUUACGUCUCGCCGAACCUUUCACUUUCAGCCAGUUUUUUUGGCUAACGUACCGAUGUCUCCCAUGACCAGCAAAUGGGGGCGGUUGCCAAUGCACAGUUGCGUUUCAGCCGUUUCUUCUCAACGUGAAUCUGGCCCAAAAGGAACUCGUUCACAAAAAUUGUAAUGUAUUUGAAAACAUGGUAAUUACAAAUGAAUCGCACACAGUAAUUGAAAAAAGCAAUAAGAGCUGUAUAUUUUUUGUGUUUUUAUACCGUAUUGAAUUGUUUAUUUUUUAACACUAUUAGAUAUACCGAAGCAAUAAAACAAUGUGGUAUGUAUGAUGGUCUCCGUGGUACUAAGUAAUGUGUAGAUUCGCUUCGCAUUAUCUCACUACUGAAAAACAGCACUACAAGCUUCAAAUCAAGACAGCGCUACAGUUUUAAACACUCUUCGGGGAUGUCAAUAUUAACACUAAUGAACUACUGGCUUACUUUUGGCAGAAUUACUCAACUUGUGUUGUAGCUAGGCACUUGUAUACAUUUAAUGGAAGACUAUAUUUUUAUUUUAGAUAUACGGUUUAUACAUUGUAAUCCACAGCUGUGUAUAGGUGACUUUUGGGGGAAACGCCACUGUCUUUGAUUGUGAAGGGUGUUUCGCUGAUAUUUGCUUCGUCUGAAAAAUGUAAUUGCAGCUAACAAGAAUAAUGUUUAUCUUUGCAAAAUCUGUGUGUACAGAAGAACAGUCAUGAACUCACAACCUUGGAAAACAUUAACUUGUUGUCCAUCGCAGCGCAUUGUAAUGAUUUUGCCUUGUCGUUUAUGUUUGGUGUUUUAGUCUUUUUCUAAAAGUGCAGGACACCGAGAAGUUUAUCUGCCGAGUUUAUAGUGUACUGUACAUAAAUAUUUUGUGUAAAUAUUGGUACGAGAAAAGCCACUUUACAGAUUGUAAUUUCAUACUGAUAUCAAAGUGCAGCUUAGAGGCAACGCUCUGUAUAAUGGAAUAUAAUGUAUGUUUGUGAGAAAAACUAAAUUUUUUUGUCGUUGGGUUUAGAAGUGUUGCAACAUAGUACGUCAACAUUUAACUCCACCAUUAUGCUGUACAAUAACUGUUAUUUUAGUUUAAACAAUCAUAUUUCAUUUAACGCAUACGCUCGUUGAUACUUAAAUACAUGAAUUCAAAUUACGUUCAUAAUUGUUUGGCUAAAACGCCCAUUUAGAUGAAUAAAGAUUCGACUCAAAGAAAGGCCAAAUAGCAGCUUCCUUUCACCAACCACAGAAUCGCGUAGAUGCCGAACGUCCCUUGCACCAAGCAGGGCAGGCCACGUUUCGCCAACACAGAGAGCCCGCCUUAGCACGAGGCAACGCAUAGUGCAAAGUUCAAGUGUGAAUUCCGAAGCCCUCAUUGAAAAAUGCACUUUAGAACUUAACUUUGCUGGUAAAUUCCGUGUGUUAAUAAAGGAAAGCCGUCCUGAUAAGCUUUCUGGGAAUAGUGUGUCCUGUAUCGAGGGACGGUGCAAGUAUUUUGGGAUGCCCUUAUCACCGCGUGCCACUCCCAGAGCUCCGAGGAGAGGCAAUUGCUAAAGUAUCCCCACGGCUCUUGCAGUGAACCCGAAUGUACCCAGCAACAAUUCCACCACUUUUGUCUCUUAAAAUUCCCAUCAGCGUGACAUUUCUCGUGUGUCGAUUUUGUUUUGCUCAUACGUGUUGGACCGUUGGCUCACACAAGCUUAUGGCCUACAGGAGUACGCUAUACUGUGAAACCUUGUACCUUGCGAAUUGUAAUGCUGCAGGCCCCGAUAAGUUGUCUACUCCUUGGGUGGGGAUUUUUUUGUACAAUGUUUAUAAUGUUUAAAGCACAUGAGCACAUGUCGGUUCUUUCCAAAAUUACACCUCUUACAGCUGAUCGAGUUUUAUUUUUAAAAUCACUGUACAUUGCUGAACAAUUAAAUGAUUACAUUUAAACUUAACUCACUUAGAAAAUAUUAUCUGGUUUAUUUUGUGUCAAAAACUCUGUUGCGUACAUAGAGAUGCUGUCGAGGGCAUACCGAUGGUAAGGCAUUAGCUCUUUCCUUUAAGAAUUCAAAAUAUGUUGACCUGUGUUGGCAUUCAUUUAGGUUUGUGUACAUUUUAUGUGUAAUGUUUGCUGAAGAAACAAUAAAGCAGUGGAAUAUUAAA